GUUACAGAAUGGGUAGCAAGGAUAGGAAUUUCUGGUUAACUGAUAUAGGUGGCCGGUUUAGAGACUUGCAUAUUCUUGGUUGUAAAGCUGGUACCAGUGGAGAUGCUUUUAUGGCUAUGGUAAAGACUAGGUUGGUGAAUGAACAAGGUAUGAAUUCUACACUUGAACUGUUUUUAUUUAAUGAUGAAGAAGGGAAUGCAUGUGAUAAGUGUGAAUCAGAAGAAAUGUUUAUUUCAUUUUGGAACAAAGGGAAAGUAAAUAAAGAUAAUUUGGUCAGACUGUGGUUCACUCCAAUUAUACCUACUCCUUCAGUGAGAGAAUGGGGUUAUGUUUAUGAUGCUUCCAGUGUUAGUGGGGUAAGUGGUGUGACUAAUUAUAUCAGCCCAGUGAGGAAGAAAACUGUUAGUAAAAGGGUAGAGGUUAGGAGGAGUCCAAGACUUAAUAAGACUGCUACUGUUAGUGGGCUUAAAGAUAUGAAACCAACAAGACUUGAUUUUGAGCAUGAAGAGCAAGUGGAAUUGACACAAGCAUCUGUUGCUGACAACCAUGUUCAUGAAUCUCAAAGUAUUCCUACACAGUCAUCUGUUGCAGCCAACCAUGUACAGGGGUAUGAAGAUGACCAGGUGAAUUUGCCUAAUGUACAUCAAGAUGAGUGUCAUCCUGAUGACAAGCCUGACUUUCUCUUUAAGGACUAUGAUGAGGAAGAGGAUGGUGAAGAUGAAAGUGAGGAUGAGAGUGGAGAUGAUAGUGAAGAAGAAACACAAGAACAGAUGAAUUAUGAAGAUUGGGUUUCUAUGUGUGCUAGGGGUAUAGAUGUUGGUAAUGACCCUGAUGAUUGUAAUGAAGAUUUCAAUGUAGGUGGCUUUUAUGAAGAGCAGAGUGCACCAGUGAAUGCAUCUUCAGAUGAAGAUCUUCCCAGCCAAGAAGUCACUCAAGAGGAAGAAGCUAAGUGGGAAGAAGAUUUUGGUCAGCAUUUAAAUGAACCACAACGUCUAGAAAUGAUAAAUGAAGAUACUCCUGAGGUCACACCUGGUGAAAUAAGUACUGGUAUGGCUUUUGGAAGUAUGCAAGCUUAUAAGGAUCAUUUAAGAGAAUAUGCAGUGUUGAAACACAGGGAUUUUAAGGUGAAGAAAGGAGAUAAAAUCAGACACUAUUCUUACUGUGCUUACAGGGAUGCCCAAAAGUGUGCUUGGAUGGUGAAUGCAAGAAAGGUACCAGAGAAAGAUGAUAUGACAGUCACAGUCAGAGAAUGCAACAUAGAACACACUUGUAAAAAUCCCAAUGAAGACUACAGCAGAAAAUGCAAUGCAAAAUUUGUAGCUAAGUACUUGUUGAAGACGAUGGAUGUUGCUUCACCAGUGGAGAAGGCAGAUGAUAUAGCUAAGAAAAUCAUUAGACCUCAGUUGCAAACUGAAAUACCAAAAUGGGUUGCUCGUCAUGCAAGGAGAUUGGUGCUAGCAGAAAGGGAUGGAACAUUUGAGACUUGUUACAAAAAAACACCACAAUUGGUCAUAGCUGCUACCUCAUUGAACCCAAGGAGCAUAGGUCAUUUCAGCUGGUCCAGAGAUGAUAAAGAUAACAGAUUUGAGAGUCUCAUUUUGGCGUAUAAUGCACAGAUAAAAGGUUUUAUGAAUGGUUGUAGGAUGGUUAUUGGGUUAGAUGGAGCUCACCUAACUGGUAAGUUUGGUGGUGUGAUGCUUUCAGCAACAGGUAUAGAUGCUCAGAAUGGGGUAUUUCCUUUAUGUAUGAUGAUUUGUAUGGGUGAAACUGAAGAAAAUUGGUUUAUGAUGUUAAAAGAAAUGAGAAAAAGGAUACCAGAUAUGGCUGGACUGACCUUUAUUUCUGAUAGAAUGAAGGGAAUUCUUGAAUCAACUGGUAUCAACAUUCUACAUCCACACAGAUUGAGAGAUAAGGGAAGACCUUGUGUCAAGAGAAAGAAGUCUUGGUAUGAGAAGAACAAGCAGCCCAAAAGAGUAACAAAGUGCAGUGUAUGUAAAGGUCUUGAUCAUAACAUCCUUACCUGUCAAGGUCCUCCAGUUGGUUCUAAUCCAAAGAAGAAAGGAGUUAGAAUGGAAUGUUCUGUUAAUGGAGAUGAGUUUUGUAUUACUGCUGCACCAACAAAGAAGAUGAGGAAGGCCUUGUCUGCACCAACUACUGCAACAACAUCUGCAUCAAAGACUGCUACUGCUGAUGUACCACCAUUUUCAAAGGGUAAGGAAGCUGCUACUACACCAUCUUCUUCUACAGCUGGUUCCCAGAAAAAGUGUAAGGCAACUGCACCAUCCUCCUCCGCUGCAGUUGAUGUUGGAUCUAAAAGGAAGGUACCAUCUACUUCUUCUACACCUUCUAGUGCCUGUUUUAACCAGAUUUUUAAUGGUACUGUUAACAUUUCUAGCCAAACAAUCAACAUUACCGAACCAUCAUCAAAAAGGGUUAGAAAACCUAACUCCAAGUAUCAACAAUAG